AAAAAACGUAGGUCUGCUAUUUAACGCCCUAUAUAAAGAGCUGUGAGUCACCCUGAAAGUCACAGACAUUCAAAAUGAAUUUUGUGAUCUUGGCCUUGUUCGUCGCUGGUGCCUACGGCUGCGGUCGGCCCACCUACCCCCCCGUCCUUACCAGGGUGGUUGGUGGAGAUGACGUUCGUCAGCACAGCUGGCCCUGGCAGGCGUCUCUGCAGUACCAGAGUGGGAGCUCCUUCUACCACACCUGUGGAGCUACCCUGAUCUCCAGCCAGUGGGUGGUCACUGCUGCUCACUGCAUUGGAAGUCGCACCUACAGAGUCUACCUGGGGAAACACAACCUGAAGAACAACAACGAGGCCGGCUCCAUCGCCAUCAGCCCCGCCAGGAUCUUCGUCCAUCCCAACUGGGACUCCUACAGAAUCCUGAACGACAUUGCCCUGAUCAAGCUGUCAUCUCCUGUCAAGCUGUCGGACACCAUCAAGCCCGCCUGUCUUCCCAACUCCGGCGAGGUCCUGCCUCACGGCGCUCCCUGCUACGUCACUGGCUGGGGUCGCAUCUCUACUGGAGGACCCCUUGCUGACAUCCUGCAGCAGGCCCUUCUUCCUGUGGUCGGCCACUCCACUUGCUCCAGGUCUGACUGGUGGGGCAGUCUGGUCACCACCAACAUGAUUUGUGCUGGAGGAGAUGGACUGCUGUCCAGCUGCAACGGAGAUUCUGGUGGUCCUCUGAACUGUCAGAACUCUGAUGGCUCCUGGGACGUCCACGGAGUGGUGAGCUUUGGCUCAAGUAUGGGCUGCAACUACCCCAAGAAACCAUCUGUCUUCACCAGAGUUAGUGCCUACAUGAGCUGGAUCAACAACGUGAUGACCUCCAACUAAGAUGGACCUAGAUGAUUGUUUCACUUGACACUAAAAUAAAGAAUUAAAUAUU